UGAAACAAUAUCAAGCACAGACGUGAAGCCAUCUUGUCCGACUCCUGAAAAUCUCCGGCGCUACAAUUUUUCGAUGCUGGACCAGAUUUUCCCGCCAAUGGCACUUCCCAUCGCCCUCUAUUAUCCAAGCACGCCGCAAAUCAACGAUCCAGAUUCAUUCACACACCAGCUGAAGCGAUCGCUCUCCGUUAUCUUGAGCCGCUUCUACCCUUUGGCAGGGAGAGCCAGUGGAGACGGGGAAUUCAUCGACUGCAACGACGCCAGCGUUCCCUUCACCGUUGCCAGAUUGAGAGGCCAUAAGCUGUUGGAACAUCUCACCAAUCCCCGUCCGCAUCUCCUCCUGCCCUGCGCUGCCGACUGGGGCACUAAUCCCGGGCCAUAUUCUGCGGUCAUGCUCGUACAAGUCAACUUGUUUGACUGCGGCAGCGUGGCCAUCGGAGCGGUGUUCUGGCACAAGGUGGUGGAUGGAUCGACGUUAUCGGUUGUUCUUCGGUCAUGGGGUGAGGCGGCGCGUGGGGGUAAGGAGGCGGUUUACCCCAACUACAUGGCGCAGCAUAUGUUUCCGCAGAAGGAGAAGAUGCCGUUGCAGCUUGGUUCGACAACUGACAUCGUCAACACCGGGAAAUCAAUCGUCACAAGAUAUGUGUUUGAGAGAUCGGCAAUAACAUUACUGAAAUUAAAAUCAUCCGAUGUGGAACGCCCCUCAGCAGUAGAAGUUGUGUCAGCCUUACUUUGGAAAUGUUUCAUGUAUGCCUCUCUUGCAAAUGGGAAAUCCACAUCAUUGCUCACACAAACUGUGGACCUCCGCCGCCGAGCCCAACCUCCGUUUCCUCCGGAGUGCUUUGGCAAUUUCCUGGCUAUAGCACCGGCGAUCAGCACCAACGAUGACAAAGUUACACUGGGAGCACUAGUUAGAAAAAUGAGGGACUCUAUAAUCAAGAUCGACGACAAAUACAUCAACCGAAUGCGCGGUGACCUAGGGUUAUCGGGCUAUUACCAGAAUCUUCAAAAUAUGUGGACUGAAUAUUCUCCAGAAUUUGAUAUUUUGCCCAUCUCCAGCCUAUGUGGUAAUAAUCUUUACGGUGUUGAUUUCGGAUGGGGAAAACCACUGUGGUUCAGUAGAUGCGACUCCAUCAAUGAAUCCAUGGAUGGAUCGGUUUGGAAUAGGAUUUGGUUGAUAGAGACUAGAAAUGGUGACGGAAUUGAAGCCUGGGUGGUUCUUCACCAUAAAUAUAUGUCAAUCUUCAAUCAAGUCAAGGAGUUGACAACUCUUGCUUCUGUCGAUCCUACUCCGACUUGAUCACUUCUAAGAUCAUGAUUCUAAGGAUAUUUUGUUCUUGUAUUUGUUUCAACUCAACUUCAUUUUGUUUUUCCAGUUGCUUGAAGCCUAUAGCUAUUAAAGGGAAAAAAGAUAAACCAUUGCUGAAAGAUAUAGUGUGUAAUGUUUGUAUUGUAUUAAAGGAAGAUGACCCUUCCUUGGGCGGCA